UCUCCUCUGCUGCUGCGCUGAACACAGCCAAGAAGAAGAAGAAGAAGAAGGAAUGGGGAACACAAAGAGCAGCACGUUGUCCAAGGAGCUCCUGGAGGAGCUGAAGUCCAACACCAAGUACUCUGAGGCCGAGCUGUGCAGCUGGUACCAGUCUUUCCUGAAGGAAUGUCCCGGUGGAAAGAUCAGCAAGGAGCAGUUUGAGGGCAUCUACGCCAGCUUCUUCCCCAACGCUGACCCCAGCGCCUACGCCAGACACGUCUUCAGGAGCUUCGACACCAACGCCGACGGCACCCUAGACUUCAAGGAGUACAUCGUGGCGCUGCACCUGACCUCGGGCGGUCGGACCCUGCAGAAGCUGGAGUGGGCCUUCGCCCUUUACGACGUGGACGGCAACGGGACCAUCAGCAAGAGCGAAAUCCUGGAGAUUGUCAGGUCCAUCUUCAACAUGAUACCAGCUGAGGACCAGGAGAACCUUCCGGGAGAUGAAAACACGCCCGAGAAGAGAGCUGAGAAGAUCUGGCGCUUCUUCGGGAAGAAGGACAACGAUAAAAUUGCCGAGGGCGAGUUCAUCCAAGGCGUGAUGGACAACAAUGACAUCCUGCGUCUGAUCCAGUACGACGAGCCUCAGAAGAUCAAAGACAAGCUGAAGGAGAAGAAACACUAGGCUGCUGAUGUCUGCGCCUCCGUUUGUUGCCAUAGCAACCGUACAGGGAAUCUUGGUCCUUGACAUUUACACACAUACACACAUCGGUACAAUAAUGCUAACGUUGUUUUCAGCUAAAGCUUAGGAAGUUAGCGGCGUCUCCCUCACAAAAGUGUGGCUGGUUCUGUGCUGCUCCCUGGAGGCAUGGAGUGUAAACACAUCCAUGAUGUCCAUCGGUCCCUCCAGGAAUUUGCCAUGUCGCCACCGCACCAAUUCACGCAGGUUAUGCGCUGCCUCGCAAGCUUGUCCGUCUCCGGACAUUUUGGCCAAUCAACUUUUUCUCUGGGCGGGGCUCAUACGCGCGUCAACUGUCUCAACCAGACUUAAGUCUGUUUCUUGUGUAGAAGAAGCAGGAACAACAACAUGUAACAAUAUAUCAAUAUAUAUUUAUCAAUCAAACCACACAAUUGUUGUAGCUCAGACCUACUUCCUGUUCCUGGCAACAGCGCUAAGCCUUCUGGGUAAUGUUGUAUACAAACAUGUACUUCCAAGUUUCAUGUAUCUAUAUUAUUUACGUUUAUUUAUCCCGGCUAAGAGAACAUAUUUUCAUUUGCAACGCUGAUUUACAUGUUAGAGAUGUUGAAGUGUGAUGAUAAUCUCUCAUCAUGUCUUAGUUACCGACAAAAAAUGAGUGCAACAGCUCACAAAUGUUCUUAGUGUUCGGGGUUAAAUGUGUCGGAAAAUAAAGAUGGACGUUUCAAGUGUAAAACAUACACGGAGAAUGUCCACAACUUGUGAAAAAUAAGGGAGUCUUUGGUGUUUCAAUCUGUAAUUAAUUAUUACUAUUAUUUGUUAUAAUAAAUAAAAAACAGCACAGUAAAUUGAUAGUGAGUUCUAAAUAUGUGCUUUUACUGCUAUCUACUGUCUACUUUUAAGUCUGUGAGCUAUAAAACUAAUAAAACCGUAUUUGUUUGACAAUUUAUGUUAAAAUUAUUUUGAAUUUAAGGUCCAAAAGAGCACUUAAAACAUCAUAACAGGUUGAUUAUGUGUUAUUAAAAAAAAAAGUACCUUUUGCCGCAAAAGCUGCUGUGAAUUCUGAGAUUUCAGGCUGCAAUGAUCAUGAUAAAAGAAAAACCCUGUGAAAUCCUGGAAGGACUGAAUAACAUGAGAGUAGUCUAUGUUGUGUUCCCAUCCCAGCAUGUUCACUAAGUAAAGAACAACAACAACAAUACUGAGUCUCCUCAGCUCCUUCACAAAGAAAAGAGCUCAGGUGACCAAAUAUAAUCCAAUCAUCAGAUCGAGGUCCAAACUAAGUGACGAUGAACAAUCCAAACACAACUUCAUGCUGCUGCACACAAACCUGCCAGUCAACACAAGAAGUCGUCAGUGAAUAAAGUAUAAAAAGUCUACGUUCACGCAGCAACAAGAUUGUCUUUGUCAUCUAUAACACAAAGCUUUUGUUCAGAUAGCUUAGCA